AUGUACAAUUCUGUUUGCACGGCAACAUAUCAUUCAUCCACUAAUACAUUAUCCUAUAAAAAUUUUUAUAGGAAAUGUAUCAAAAAAUUAUUCUUUUAUCCAACCUCAAGUCCUUUACCUCUAAUGAGCAAUGAAAAAAAAUUCCAUUACUGGGAAAACCUCAAUUUGUCUGGACUGACAACUCACUUGGAAUAUCUAUGCGAAAAAGUAACGCAUAUGUCUUCGCUAAAAUCUUGUAAAAUCAAGAUUCUCACAAAGGGAUUACACAAAGAUACACCUGAAGAGUGCUUAAGAUUUAAAAAUGAGUCUAAUCAAUCAAAGAAUAAACAAGAAGAAGAAAAGAAGAGAAAUUACCAAAAAGUUCAAGAAAAACAAAAACAAAUUUUAACCUAA